AUGUCGACAACAAGAGUGGCAACGGCUACUGCUAUGCUUACGGCCCCGCAACCUGACCUCCCGAUCGACCUCGAACGAUAUCCCAAGCUGUCAAAGGAGCAAGCCGGCCACCUCCGCCAUUUUCAUAACCUUGCCACGGCAGAUGAUGGAGAAUGGCCGCACAUGGGAGCACAGGAGCCGGCACAAGAGUUCCUCGAUGCAUAUCGAUACCAGCUCGCUACAAUGGCAUACGCAUCCGGUGUAACCCACUACCACCGGAUGCCAGCUAUGAGAGGAAUAUUCAAGCCUUUGAUGCGUCGGCUGAUUCAUAAAAUGCUUCGUCGAGAAGUUUGGGGUUACUGGUAUCUCACUUCUCAGUCGGGAAAGGCCGUGGAUCCAGAUCUCAAGGAGCUUCGGAAGCCUUGGGCUGAUCCAAUCAUUCGAGAAAAUAUCAUGUACAGUGGCCAUCUGCUUUUGAUGACUGGUAUGUAUACUAUGUUGUUUGACGAUGACGAAUUCGAAAAGCCCGGUAGUUUGACCUUUCAUUGGGAUCCCAUGUUCUGGGGUAUGGGUCCUGAGACGUUCGAGUAUGAUAUCCGCAGCCUGCAGGACGCUAUCAUUGGUGAAAUGAGGAGGAAUAAGUGGAUUGGAGCAUGCUGUGAGCCAAAUGUCGUGUUUGUUGCAUGCAACCAGUUCCCGGUAUGGAUCGGUCGUCCUUGUGGAAAUGCUCGCCUUGCUUACGUUGAACAGAUCAUUGGAAUGAGAUAUUUAGACGCCCGACACGGAACCCACACCGCCGACGACGUCUUGAAGGAAUACAGGGCAGCAUUGGAAAAGUCAAAUCUGGUUUCCAAUACAGAACUUUUCAAGGACUUUGUCGCUGUCAAGCAGAACGUCAUCUUUGCGCCGAAGAGUUAUAGGUCUGCCGCCUUCAUGCAUGCUUGGAACCCAGAAUUUGUCGAGUCCGGGUACGAAGCACAUUCAACUGGAUUCAUCACCAACGUCGAUGGCACGGUCGAGCUUCAUCAUCCGGUAGUUGCCCAAAAGCUACGGGCCUUGAUGCAAGAAAAUGGAAUCAAGGAUGUCUCAUCUGCAAUGAUAAAAGAGGCUCGUGAGCACUACUUGGCGACCAAGGAUUCCGUCCCUAAGCCUCCUGGUAAAAAGGAAUACGGCUGGCCUGUAUUGGGCUAUGUUGUUCAGUGGCUUUCGGAACUUGGCAAAUCAACGGAGCUGCAGGGACUACUGCACUUUGCUGAUGAGAAUCUUCGGCCCACGUGGGAGAAAGGUGGCCUUUUCUACCCACGGAAUGACUCAAGUACUGAUUCCAUUGGGCGACUUAGUCUGAUGGAGCCAUUUACUGGAAAUGGAGCUAUUGGGUAUGCUCGGUUGAAUGUCGCGGAUGGCCAGAAGAAGAUGUGGGAGCAGCCUUGGACACGAGAGACGCUGCAGACCCGGCCUUGGGUGGACGGCAUUGAUCUUUCCAGUGGAGUGAAUUGCUUACGUGGAGAGUGGGAUGAGAAAUCCGAGGUUUUGAUCGUAACCCUUUCUGAGUGGCAGGGGAAACGGGCUAAUGUGACCAUGACGGCCCGGAACCUUCCCGGUGAUCGCUGGGCUGUUUAUAAGCGGCAGGGUGACGUGGUUGGGCAAAAGGUAUGCGAGGGAAGUGAAAUUGUAGUUGAUGUUUCCUUGGAAGCUGGAGAAGAGGUCGACCUGGUCAUUAGCAGAACUUAG